AUGUCGCAAGCAAAGCCAUCUAAAAAUUUGUCAACUUCAUCAUCAUCGUUAUCGUCAGCUUCGUCGAAAGUUUCGUCUUCGAAUGAAAUGCGAUCCAGACUACGAAGCAUUUUUCACCGAGGCAACUCUCGAUCGGAUGCUGCACUUACACAAGUUGUUGUUUGUAAACGAUUCGCCAAAUUCCCCAGGCUCUUUCUCGCUAAACGUCAAGAAACACAUAAAAUCACGAUUGAACCAUCGUUUACAGACGAUAGCGCAAAUCUGAUGCCAUCGACAGCAUCGGAAACGUUAUCCUUCGAACAAAAAGCUGAUACGUUCGCUGAUUACACACGAAAAUUAGAAGAUGCUCUAACGCUUCUGAGGGAUAUGAAACGCGAAGAAUAUGAAAGUGAAACUGCUCUGAAAAUUCUACGCUUUCUGGAAAAUCUCAUUCAUCAACCGAAAGAGUGGAUCUCAGGUGCCAAACUCAAACUAACCGAAAUGAAAUUCGCAGAAAUGGCAAUGACUCUAAUGAAUAGUUACAAAGAAAAAGGCUAUCUCGUCCGACGCAUUGUUUUUGUUCAUAGUAUUUUACUUUAUAAUUCCAUGAGUAACUUCACUGACCAUGAAUUUGAUAAAGAAGGUUUAAUUAGAAAACAAUCCGCUGACGCUGGUUUCAUUGAAUUUGCCUGUGAUAUUCUCAAUGAUCCAUCAUAUCGUGAAUCUCUGAAAAAGUGUUAUGUCGUCGAAAGUCCUGAGGAAACGAUGCAGAGUGAUGAUUUUAACAAUUAUCAAAAAAUUCUCUACAUUUGUGAUUCAGCAUUGACAAUACUUUACAAUCUUGCAAAUUUACCCGAUCUGAAAAUUCAUUUUCGGGAAUGCAAUGCUAUGAACAUAAUUGCUGAGUAUACACGACUACCAAGUAAUACAAUAAAUAUUCAAUGUUCACGCACACCGGAUAACGAAGAAUAUAUCGCAAGUUUGAAAGAAUUACAAGAUAUUGCUAGCGCGAUACGUUUAACAUCGUGCUUGUUAUUGCCAUUGAUUAUGAAUGAAGAUGAAGAUAAUCUUUUAGCUGCUAAUACUUCAGAAGUUCUUCCAUUAUUGUCGGGAAUGAUUCAAAUGUACAACCGUAAUGAUCAACGAUUCUACGGAUUUUCUUUUGUGGAACUUGUUGAUGGUUUAUCAAAACUAAUGGUCCGUGGUCGCACACACACAUUCAUCGACAAAAAUCUUGUUAAUAUCCUGUUAAACAUUCUCAAACAUCCAACUCAAGACAAUGCUCUGCUCGAAUGUGUAUCCAAUGCGAUACUGAACGCUUCGUUCGAUGAAAAAGUUCAAUCAUUUCUGGAUUCUGAUCAUGCGGUUUCUAUAAUUCGUUCGGCAAAAAACAAUAGUCGCAGUCAACUUGUGCAGAAAAACUGUCAAGCCAUUCUAUGGACAUUAAAUCGUAUUCAACAUAAGUGUUCGUCAGCAAUUAAUAACGUCACGCAAUUGCAAGGUCAUAUUAUGAUUUCGUAUAAUCGAUCAGUAACAGCCAUGUGCUUGAAAAUUCGAGAUCGAUUGAAAUCAUUGCAUUAUAAUGUAUGGCUUGAUGUUGAUAAUAUCAAUGGCGGUGUGCUGGAAUCAAUGGCUCAGGCAGUGGAAAAUUCGUCAAUGGUAUUGAUUUGUAUGAAUGAACAAUAUAAGCAAAGCUAUUAUUGUCGACUUGAAGCAGAAUAUGCAACCGAGUUACGAAAACCAUGUAUUCCAUUGUUAAUGCAACCACGAUUUCGCCCAUAUGGAUGGCUUGGCAUUAUCAAAGGAGCGAAAAUUCAUGUUGAUUUCGCCACGUUACCUUUCGAAGAAGCAUUUUCUCUAUUGAUCCGUGAAAUCGAAACCAUUCGCAGGGAUAAUCUUACGGACAACGGUGACCUGACUAACACAUCUGAUAGAAGCAAUCAACAUCUCUAUCAUCAACCCAGCAUUGGGUUCUCUUCAAUUGAUAACAGCAAUCGCAGUGCGAUAGGCAACGUAUUCGAAGCAAAAGAUAAAACUAAUAAUACUGUUAUGACUUGGAAUGCCGAAACUGUCAAGCAAUGGUUAACACUCUCACAACUAUCUCAUCUUCAACAUGUUUUUACUGAUAUCGAUGGCAAGCUAUUGUACAGAUUGUAUAAAAUGAAAGUAUCAGCAGCGGAUAGCUACUAUAAAUUUCUCGAUAAAUAUAUUGAUCGUCGUCAGACGGCUCAAAUGAGUGAUACACUCAGAUUUGAUCACGAACUUGACUGUCUCUUUCAACACUAA